UGCAGAGAGAGGAGCGAGCGAGUGGCUGUCCGCGGCCCGACCCCCGGGACACGCCACGCAACCGCCACCCCCCUCCGUCGCCGUCGCGUCCCCCGAACACAAAGCGAGGGAGCAGUGGGACACGGCCACACGCGUCCAGCUUCCGCCAGCCUCCCACAGCUCUCGUCUCCGUCUCCUCCGGUUCCUCCUCCCCUCCUCCCUCUACACUUCUCUCUCCCUCUCUCUCUCUCGCCACAGUCCCCGCCAGAUUUGUUGCCUCACCUCACCUCACCUCCACCUGUAUCUGUAUGCCGCCAACGCCCCCAUGGCGCCAAGCGCACCACGGCCGCCCCGCCGAGCCGCGACCUUGACACUCCUCCUGCCCUUCCUCCUCCUCUCCUCCUCCCCGUCCCUCUCCUUCGCCGCCGAGCCGCCGCCGUCGAGCCCCGCCCCGCUCCGCGCGCCGCCGCGGCGGGUCGCGUCCGACUCCGACAGCGCCCCCCCGCCGCCGCACCACCCGCAGCACCACCACCACCACCACCGCCCGCCCCCGCCCCCUCCGCACUGGCGGCGGCUCAACUUCGGCGAGAGACUCGGGAUCGCCUUCGCCGGCGUCGCCGUGGCAAUGCAGGUCGUCCUCGGCGCGUUCCUGGCGCUGCGCGCCUGGCAGCUGCGGCGGCUCGACAGGGCCGAGGUGUCCUCCUCCACGCCCCUCACCUGACCUGACCGCCUGCUCUGCUCCUUGCUCGUCCCGCCAGGUAUUGCAUGUGUAACUAUGAUGCAUAAACAGGGAGUCGGUUGAAAGGGCAUGUCGUGGGGUAACCCAUCUCUUGCUUGUUUCCUUCGAGAGGAAAGAAAAAUAAGGAGCAUAGUUGUUAGGAUCAAAUGAUUAUUGAAUCUGAAAUGGUACAUGGAUCAUUGGUCAUGCAUGUGAGAGCCAGAUGGUCAGUAGUUACAUGGUAUGUCCUAAAAUUUGCAUCUUGGACAACUGGACAAAUCUGACCUUAUUUUAUU